GUGCCACCAUCGGACAACCUCGAACCCCCACCAGAUUCUAGGAAUCAGUAGAUUACUUCAACGACCAAAAUUCCAUCCCAAUGGCCGCGGUGGCGCGUGCAAUUCGCUGCGAGCUCCCGUCCGGUAAGCCGGCCGUCUCGAGGAGGGAAAAGGGUACUAGUCUGGCACCGGUUCAGAGAGUGAAAUUGGGUGAAGCGGAGAAUGGGAAGAUAGUGCUGCAGCCGAGGUUGUGUACGUUAAGGACGUAUGGGUCUGAUCGAGGCGGAGUGAUGAGGACGAGGAGGGAUGGCGGUGGGGAUCAUGUAUCCCCCUUUUUUGAGACGCUGUCGGAGUAUAUUGAGAGCUCCAAGAAGAGCCAUGACUUUGAGAUCAUGUCCGGGCGGCUUGCCAUGAUUGUGUUUGCAGCAACCGUGACAACAGAGAUGGUGACUGGAAACUCAAUAUUUAGGAAGAUGGAUUUACAAGGGAUUGAAGAAGCAAUUGGGGUGUGUUUGGGAGCUAUGACUUCUGCUGCAAUCUUUGCUUGGCUAUCCAGUGCUCGGAACAGAGUCGGCAAAAUCUUCACCGUCAGUUGUAAUGCAUUUUUCGAUUCACUAAUUGAUCAAAUUGUUGAUGGACUGUUCUACGAAAGUGAGCUCAGUGACUGGUCUGAUGAAGUCUGAAUUACCACUGAACUUGAAAGAAGGAAGAACAAGGUACUCUAAUGGGCAAAGCCGCCUCUUUUUGUAGAUUGUAUUAGUAAAGAGCUAGCUUGAAAAUAUUACUUGAUAAAUAGAGAUGCAAUUAGCUGUAUUUACUAAAAAGCUGGUUGGUGUAUACUAUCAUAAAGCUUUGUGGCGUUUAAAAAACCAUGGAGAUGAGAUUUGAGUUAUUGGUUUGUUGUUGAUGUCCUCUUGUAAGGUACUAAUAAUGCAAUUAAGUACUUGAAUACAUAUUCUUAAGAAUU